AUGGCGUACUCACUGGACCGGUUCAUAAGCUUCCACACCGGGCUGCCGUUUACCUUGAACGAACAAUUAAUUGCUACACGACUACCGGUUCCAGAGGAGGAAUUCCAGACAGGCCACCCGGCGGUCACGCAGUACUUGCCAGAGGUGAUGUCAAGGGGAAACACCGAUAAUGUUCUCCCGACAUCCUCCUUCAGCGAGUGCAUUGUCCUCGCAACAAUCUACGGCCGAGCUCUCGCACACCGACAACAAGUAGCGGUCGAGCAAAUAAGCGUCAGUGGCGACAUGGCAGUUUUCGAGGGAUUCUGGAGCCGGCACCAGUGGCUGCACGACAUGCUCAACUACCGCAUUCAGCUGCUCUCAAUGUCGCCGCAGGUCGACCCGAUGCCAAUGUUUGCGCGUAUAGUCGCGCAGACACUGGUUUUGUUUCUGCAAAGCGUGCUCGAGUCAAUCACUUGGAAAACCGGCGACCACCUCCUUGGCAUCAUCGAGUUUGAGAGACUCUGUGUGAUGGCAGCACACGAAGUGGUGAAUCUGGUCAAGUUUCAGCGUCAGCUUGGCUAUUUCAAGGUCCACCCCUUGACUCCGAUCCCGCUAAUGAUGUGCACCGAGUUCUUCGCCGGGCAUAGCUACCUUGACGCGGGGUUUGACAGCAUGCUGCAGGACGUGUUGGCUUACCCCCAAGAUUUGGACCGGGUCAAGAACGCUGCUCAGAGCCCGCGCGAUCCCAUAUAUGCUUAA